GCAAGACAGGCAAAUAUUGCACUCAAUUAAAUACCCGAUUUAAGCAUACAACGAUUAAUAUAUUUCAUGAACUAAGUGUCUACAUGAUCCUCUGACUAUUUUCUUUAACAUAAUUUGAGGAUACGUCUGUUAUAUGGAAAACGUACGCAUAAGAUACAUUUUUCAGCUGGAAUAACAAAAAAGAUGGCGGCAAUGUAACCGGAUGUUGUUACUAAAAAUAGAUUUCUAAAAUGUCAACAAUGUAGAAGGUUAUGUAUAUGUAAUAAACAAAAAACUCUGUUGUAAUGAAGAUAUGGAUGGUGUCAGCAAAGGAGGACUUUUAAUAUCAAAUGCCUAUGAGUUAAAGGAUGACUUGGAAGAGAGGCUGGAGAGAUGCUAUGGUGUUGUAAACUCAUUGGUGAAUGGAUUGUCGGAAAGGGAGGCAAAUGAUGCCCUCAAUACUUACGUAUGUAAGGGGUCACAGAAUCAUGAGGAGGUACAGCUGGGAUUGUUUUAUGCUAUAUUGACGGCUCCCUCGGCUACACUUGCACAGAAGAAUUACAGAGAUAUACAUUUAGUGAACAGGGAUGGCUUUAAUCUAGUGCUAAAUAGACUGAAUCAGUUGAUAUAUGAAAAAUGGUUAAAGCUGAAGGACAUAGGAAGGUCACAGAUUUUGUGGCUUGUUCGGGAAAUGGUGAAGAACUCUGUGAUAGGAGCUGACCUAGUUGUUAAUGGCUUAAUGAGACAGAUAGCAGGUGGGGACAUUACACCAAAAAAUGUUUGGCUUGCAGAAAGUUUAGUUGAUAUUCUUACUGAGUACAGGAGUUGGCUUGACAAGUUUCCUGCUCUUAUACCGAUGACUGUAUACACAUACUUGCGUGUGAUCGUCGACCAUACAGGUCAGAUCUUCCACAAUCUGCGACACAGAGAGGCGGAAUUCAUUGCUUCACUAGUCAGGGAUAAGUGGAGCGAUUGUUUAGUGAUUGGUAGAGACCUUGUGCGGUUGUUACAGAACGUAGCAAGGCUUCCAGAGUUUGAAUCCUUGUGGAGAGACAUGAUGCUAAAUCCAGCCACACUGUGUCCACAGUUCACAGGUAUACAGCAGUUACUUGUAACAAGGACGUCGCGGAAAUUUCUCAUCUCUCGAUUAACCCCUGAUAUGGAGAACAAACUUGUAUUUCUGACAACCAAGGUGAAGUUUGGACAACACAAAAGAUACCAGGAUUGGUUCCAAAGACAGUACUUGGCCACGCCUGAAAGUCAGUCGUUACGUUGUGAUUUGAUACGUUACAUCUGUUGUGUUUUCCAUCCAUCCAAUGAACUACUGUGUUCUGAUAUUAUACCUCGCUGGGCUGUUAUUGGCUGGCUCUUACAGACGUGUACAUCAAAUGUUGCUGCCUCCAAUGCCAAGCUCUCACUGUUUUAUGACUGGAUAUUCUUUGAUCCUGAAAAAGACAGUAUAAUGAAUAUUGAACCUGCUAUAUUAGUGAUGUUUUACUCAAUGAGAUCCCAUCCUGCCAUUACAGCCACUUUGCUGGACUUUUUAUGUCGAAUCAUGAACAAUUUCUGUCCUAUGUAUGCAGAACAAAUCAAGUCAGGGAUUUACAAAUCUUUACGAACUAUACUGGAUAAACGUGUGUUGCAGUCUUUACAACCAUUGUUCGAGAACCAAAAGUUAGACAAGGAGUUGAGAGCUUUAGUGCGGAAUAACUUUGCAGAAUUUAUGUCAGCAGAUGUUGUAAAGGUGGAAGAAGAAGAAGUGAAUAACAAAGAGCCGGUGAUAGAUAUGGAAAGCAAUCAUAUGUCAGUAGAAAACAACCUGUCAGAUGCUGCCUUCUCAGAUGAUGAUGAGGAAACGCCAAUUAAAAAUAAUAAGUUUGAAACUGGUUUCCGUCCUAUACGUGAUCCACAGAGGUACCUGCCAGUGGAUAUAACAGAACACUUGCAACAACUGGAUGGUGAUAUCAGAGAUUAUACAAUGCAGUUACAGAGUGAAAAUGAUCAGGAGAUACAGUGUGAGAUCAUGGAUCGAUUGAUGCAGACAGUGGUACGGGAGGAUGAAUUUGACUCUGACAUGACCGCCACGCUGGCCGUGUGUCUCUGUCAGAUACUUAUAGCUCAGUUUAAUAACAAUAUUUUCCCCCAGGAAGUUGAUGACGAGUCAUUAGAAGAAUCCAUUGGUACCCCAUUGUUUGUUAUGUUAAGAUUUUUAAGUUCUACACCAGAAGAAGAUCCUUCCCGGAUACCAUUGUUACAGUUGCUAGGGGAGAUGUACAUGAAGCAGCCUAGGAUAGGAUAUCAUCUUCUCUACUUCCUUAAAGUUGGUAAACUGAGUGAUGAGAAGAUGUCUACGUAUAAAGAUUUUGUGAAAAGUUUGGAUGGAUAUUCUCUAGAGUCGUGUUUAAUGGCAGACAUGAAGAUCUGUCAAGAAGAUGAUGUCAGACUGUUUACAUUUCUCAUGCCAGACAUAUACACACAUUUUCCAAACAUAUGUAUGGGUAGUGCGGAGUUAUUACAUUUGAUAGUAUCAUCUAUAGAUGGAUCACAACUGCAGGAACUUAUCUGUCAGAUACUUCAGGGAAAUCUUGUCAUGUUCAGAAAGGAAUCAUUCCUCUCUGUACUCAAUGCCAGCCUAGAAUGGGAGACAUUGGAACAGUACUUUCUGUGGCAGCUCAUCACAGCUCAUAACAUACCUGUAGAACACAUCAUGCCAAUUCUACCCAAACUGGACUUUCAGACACAUGCAGAGGCUUUAACAAGUAUAAUGGUGUUACUAAAGCAAGAUUGUCCUUCAUCAGACUUAUUAAGACCAAUACUGUGCAGGGAGUGUAAAAGGAAUGACUUUUUUACUGUGUCAAUUUUGAACUAUUGGGCUCAGGAAUUUGAGGAUAAAUUAGCAGAGUUGAUAUACUCUCAGUUUUCUAAGGUGAAUGGAGGAACUCCCAACAAAAAACGGCAUAGGCCUGGAUCAAACACAAAGAAGGAUAUUCCAAACGCAGAUCAGAUCUUGUCACAUCUUGAUCAUAUGCGACAGAUAUGUCGAAACAUCUCAUUAUUAAAUCAUGAAAGCAUACAGACAGCAUUACAGCAGGUGCAGCAGACGGCCAGCGACUCACAGAAAACAAAGUUUAGUGAUCUCCUAGCUUUAGCUGAGGAUAUUGUGGACUUUAAAUCAACCCGUGUUUUACGAGGUCUUCCUGGACGACGUGCAGCAGCUGCAGCUGCUUCAACAUCCAAUCAGAGCUCUUCAUCUAGUAAAUCAUCCAAGAAUCGUAAACUUGUGAUAGAUGAUUCCGAGAGUGACUCUUCAAGUAGUGAGGAGGAAAAUAUAAAACCACGAGCAAAAAAGAGAAAGAAAGUCACGCCUGUAGAUGAUGAUAGUGAUUGAAAUACAAACUCUGCAAAAAUAGUUAAAUCUUAAUUCUGCAUAUAUUGAAUGGGGAAACAAUACCUGAGUCGGAGUAUACCAGUCAAGUUGGGUAAAAAUGAUCAAAAGUGCUUGAUGCUGAUCUUUUAAAAAGUCACGAUACCUCAUAAAACUGGUACAGAUGUGAAUGUGAACUUUAACCCAAUUUUUUACACUAAGUGUUUGGGGACAAAACUGAUUCGUAUUUGAAAGCUUAGAAGUGUUUGAUUAAAAGCAGAUAUUUGAUAAAUGGUCAGAAACUCUACACCUGGUUUGUGGACGGUUAAAGUUACCUACUGUAUAAGUUUUGACUACAUUUAAUGCGAUCAAGUGUUGGAUUAAUCAUGUGCCAGACAUGGACAUUAUAAAUGUCAGGUACAAGGCACAUUGAGCAGGUUUUAGUUAACUCUGAAAGUGCUAGGAGAAAAUAUAUUAAUCUUAAUCUUAAAACGGACUUGGUGCAUAUAUGGAUUAUAGUGUAUAUCGAAGAUGUUCACUUUGCAAGCUUGGGAUAUUUUUGUUAUACUUGAUAAUUGUUGAUGCAUGCAGAAUCUGGGGCAGCUUUAUACAUCCAUUAAUAUAGUGUUGACACCGAGGUUUUUUUUCCUGUGCGGGUGUACUGCAUACAUGUGUAGAUGAUACCGCAUACAUGUGUAGAUGGGAAAAGUUUGUCUUAAGUGUACUACAUGAUCAUGCUUCGAGGUUAGAUAAGAAGCUGUGAAUGAUCUAUACUGGUAUUUUUUUUCUGGGAAUUAAAAUGUGGGUUUGUUUGUAUAGUAUACUUGUGUUAAGAGUUCAGAUAAAGGGAAAAUGAUGUUUUGUGUUUGAAUACUAGACUGUAAAAUGGAUAAAAGCCAAAAUGGCUGAAGUGUAUUAGUUAAACAAUGAAUUUUGUACAAGAUGUUUUUAUCUGAGAUUUUAAGGUAGUGGACCCAUUGUGACAUUCAGCAAUUUCUCUUCAGUUAUGCCCGCUUAGCUCUAUAGGGAGAGCACAUAUCUACAGAUUGCAGGGUCGUGAAUUUGAGCCCUGGACAAGGUGUAUGUUCUUCAUGACGAUUUGAUAAAAGACAUUGUGUCUGAAAUCAGUCGUCCUCCAUCUCUGAUUCAUGUGGGGAAGUUGGCAAUUACUUGCAGAGAACAGGUUUGUACAUGUACUGGUACAGAAUCCAGGAACACGGGUUAGAUUAAGUGCCCGGCAUUACAUAACUGAAAUAGUUGGAAAAAAGGCAUUAAACAAAAAAAAAAAAUAACGAACAAAUAAAAAUGUAUUUUCCUUAUGUGAUUUUGGUAUUCUCUGGUUGUUGCGGAGAAGCCAAGUGAAAACAGCCAGAUUGCCAAAAUUAUAUAUUAAAGAGAUUAAGUACAGAAAUGGCCAAUUGUCACUACAGUCUACUGACUUAAGGUAAAUUAUGUUGUUUUCUUUGUAUGAUAACACAAGUUUUUAUGCCAACCCUUGGGAAGGCAUAAAGCAUGGUAUGUAACUCUCAUGCAUGGAUGGAUUUUAUAAGAAACAUGGCACAAAUGAUAAGCAUGACUCGACGAUUUUGACGUGCAAUAAUCAAAAUGUAUCGCUCUUUUUGAGAUUUGAACUUGCAGAUUUCAGAGUUUGAAGAUGAAAUGAAUAGGUAUUUUCUUCCUUUGCUGAAUUUUUUUUUCUUGAAUUGCUGCAACCACUAAAUUAGUGGAAAUUAUUUCCCCACUUGUAUUAAUAAUGUCACUGUAAAUGUUUAAUUUUAUCUUCAAAACAUUACAAAUGAAUAUUUGAAAAAAGGUUGCCUUUCCUUGGACACAAACUGCCAUGUGACAGAACAGUACAAUCAUUAAUACAAUGCCUGACCUGCUGGACCUCUCCACUAGAGCAGACAGUUUUAUUACUAGAAACAAAAACUACUACUUCUGUUCAUCAUAUGAGCCGUGCCAUGUGAAAACCAACAUAGUGGCUUUGCGACAUGCAUGAAUCCAGACCAGCCUGCGCAUCCACGCAGUCUGGUCAGGCUCCAUACUGUUCGCUUUCAAAGCCUAUUGGAAUUGGAGAAACUGUUAGCGAACAGCAUGGAUCCUGACCAGACUGCGCGGAUGUGCAGGCUGGUCUGGAUCCAUGCUGGUCGCAAAGCCACUAUGUUGAUUUUCUCAUGGCGCGGCUCAAUUAUUAUUUUUGUAAAUCUUCCUCAAAAUAUUUUCUCCAGGAAUUUUUGACUGAAAUCAGAUGUUAUUAAUAUACAUCGGUGUUUAUAAACACAAUAAUAUUCUUUUCUGUAGUCGCAAUUUCCAUUGACACCCAUUUGCAGCUGAAGUGGUAAACAUGAAAAGCUUUCAUUUGUCAUGGCAAUUCAAAGGAUUUUGCAAAUACAACACUUUUCACUUGAUUCAACUUUCAGAGGGCAGAGCAAAGACAGAAGCUACAUGUUACUUGCAGUAUUAUAUUGUUAAUUCUAUCAUUGUGCGCGAAUGAAAAUUAUUAUUCAAACAAAAUUCUGCUGGAUAAUAGUGUAACAGUCUCCAGAACAUGAAAUUCACAAUUAAUUGUGUAGGUUGGUUCACAUGAAAAAAGUUUCCACUCCUGCAAAAAGUUCAAAUAUUUUUCUACAAAAAAAAAUGCAAAACCAAAACCUUUAUCACAUUAAAGUAAUAAAACCAUGAUAUCAGUUUGGUAUUACACGUCUAGUGUAGUAAUAUUUUGACACUGAUGUUUAACUAGCAUUUUUUUACACAUGAAAAUGUCUGGCCAUAAUAUAUUCCAGAGUCUUAUAAAAAUUGUGUGUUGGUUUGCAAAAAUGCUGAAAGAGGUAAACUGAAUUUUGGACACAUAUUUUUCCCAGUUAUUUUUUAUCACAUGAAUGCCAUGCUUUCAAACAAUUAAAGAGGCAAUACUUUAGUGUAGUUUUUGAAUAAAAUGUUUGCUAGGAAUAUUAUGAGGCUUGGACAUACAAAUAUUUGGAGUUGGAUCCCUAAAGCCAUUUUGGUCGAUAUGUUUGUCAUGUACACACUGUCUUGUGCUUGGUGACGAAAACCAUUCAAUUUUCAUGAAGACAAGGGGAAUUAUUGCUUUUGUUUCAUUUAAAGGUUUUGUACGGGAAUACUUUACAUGAAUGAGGAAAAUUAACAAUUCACAGCUAAUUUCUAGUAACUAUACACUGCUCUAUGUUUACAACUAUUUCAUGUAGUUUUGAAUAUAUUAAGAACAAAAAAGGUACAUUAUCAUCCCUGCUGUUGUUAAAUAUGUUGGUGAACUUGUGAAAACGGAUUGCCUGCAACAAACUGGGAGCACUGACGUAGUAGAUAUAUGAAAAUUUGUUUUUCACAAAAAGCUCUUCAGAUGCUGACAUUUUACACUUAGAAUCUUGUGUUUCAGCAAAUCAAUAUAUCUUCUUAUAAUAAGCAUGAAUUCUUACCUACAAUAAUUUUGUCAUGGCAACACAGACUCAGUGAAAACAUAACACAAAUUAGUUAAGUAACAUGAAUGUCUCUUUGAUUUUUAAUGACCUAUUAAGUAAAAUAAUUGUGAUUUCUUAUUCCGAUCUUUAAGAAAUUUCAGAGAAAAUUUUCUUUAAAAGUAAUAGCAGGAAUAGGUUGAAGAUGUGUUACAAUUUUUUUAAUGAUCAAAUUAUGACAUUUUCAUUUACAGCUUAAACUUUUAGUUAUACUGAUACCUGUGGACUGGAUGAGGAGACAAAUGUCCAUUUUUAUGCCCCCGAAGGGAGGCAUAUAGUUUUUGAACCGUCUGUCUGUCCGUCGGUCUGUCAGUCUGUCGGUCCGUCCGCAAUUUUCGUGUCCGGUCCAUAUCUUUGUCAUCGAUGGAUGGAUUUUCAAAUAACUUGGCAUGAAUGUGUACCACAGUAAGACGACGUGCAGUGCGCAAGACCCAGGUCCGUAGCUCAAAGGUCAAGGUCACACUUAGACGUUAAAGGAUAGUGCAUUGAUGGGCGUGUCCGGUCCAUAUCUUUGUCAUCGAUGGAUGGAUUUUCAAAUAACUUGGCAUGAAUGUGUGCCACAGUAAGACGACGUGCAGUGUGCAAGACCCAGGUCCGUAGCUCAAAGGUCAAGGUCACACUUGGACGUUAAAGGAUAGUGCAUUGAUGGGCGUGUCCGGUCCAUAUCUUUGUCAUCGAUGGAUGGAUUUUCAAAUAACUUGGCAUGAAUGUGUACCACAGUAAGACGACGUGCAGUGCGCAAGACCCAGGUCCGUAGCUCAAAGGUCAAGGUCACACUUGGACGUUAAAGGAUAGUGCAUUGAUGGGCGUGUCCGGUCCAUAUCUUUGUCAUCGAUGGAUGGAUUUUCAAAUAACUUGGCAUGAAUGUGUACCACAGUAAGACGACGUGCAGUGCGCAAGACCCAGGUCCGUAGCUCAAAGGUCAAGGUCACACUUAGACGUUAAAGAUCAUUUUUCAUGAUAGUGCAUUGAUGGGCAUGUCCGGUCCAUAUCUUUGUCAUUCAUGCAUGGAUUUUAAAAUAACUAUGCAUGAAUGUGUGACACAGUAAGACGAUGUGUCGCGCGCAAGACCCAGCUCCGUAGGUCAAAGGUCCAAAACUCUUAACAUCGGCCAUAACUAUUCAUUCAAAGUGCCAUCGGGGGCAUGUGUCAUCCUACGGAGACAGCUCUUGUUAAUUUUAUAACAUAUUUGCCCUUAGUGUUUGUCAGGAAGCAGAGUGUUUUUAAUAGAAAAUAAAUGAUUUAUUUUGAUGUUUUCUUGUAACUAUUGUUAACAUUUGAUACAUUUGGUUAAAACAGUAUAAGCUUAGUAGAUAGAACACAAGAUAACAAGAGGCCAUAAGUUAAAUCCGUGGGCGACAUGAAUUUAAGUGAAGGUGAUUUGACAGAAGACUAUUUCGGAAGUCAUUCAUCCACGAUCUAGAAUACAGGUGAAAAGGUUUUGGAUACAAAAAUUUGUCGAACAAAUUUUGAGAGAGAAAAAAAUGUCAUUAAUAUGAAUGAGUUCCAUUUUAAAGCUUCACACCUUGAGUUAUAUUUCAAAUGUUAAGAUAAUUUAAAGUGAUUCCAUACCUGCUGGAAAAUUUUUGUCUGUAAAAAUACUCUUGAUCAAUAAAAUACAAAAAUAAUUAUCAAAAGUACUGGGCUAUUUCACAUUUCAAAUAAGAGUAAAAAGGAAUUUAGUUGUACUUCUAAUCAUACACAAAUACUGGUUUAUCAUUUUGGAUGUCUUAAUAUAUCAUUUGUCUGUGUCAGAAGUAUUGAAAUUUUGAUGUUGAUCCAGAGUAAUGUCCCUUUAAGUCUUGAAUGGAUUAGAUGUACUGUUGGCAGAUUAUGACUGUAGCAAACACAUAUCAUCUAUAUAUAGGUAUAAAAACACAGAAAAAAAUGGUUCAGCACAAAGGCCAGAGAUUUUGAAAAAUUUAGAAUGAAUGGAUUUUGUAUAUGUUACAUUGGAAAUCUCAGUUGUUUAUUAUGUACUUAUGAAAUAAUAAAAAUUCUGAAUGCA